CGCCAGCCGCCCCCCAUGGAGGAGCAGCCCCACCACCACCAUCACCACCAUUACUACUACUGCGGCCACCACCAUCACCACCCGCAGAGCGCCUUCCUGCCGCCGCCCGACGGCCGAGCCCAGCCCAAGCCGCCGCUCCGACACGAGCACAAGCACGGCGGCCCGCAGCACCAAGAGGCGGCCAAGCGGAGAACAGGUUAUGGAGAGCUAAAUGGUAAUGCAGGAGAAAGAGAAGUGUCAUUAAAGGGCCUGUGCUCUGAUGAAACCACCACCCCAGGAUCCAGGGUACCCAAUGGCAGCCAGCAGCUCGUAGACACUAACGUGCCCCCAAAGCAGACUGUGAAGGCCAGUGCUUUGGGAAAAGCUGGAAUCAAACCCAAAAACUUCAUACAGAAAAAUAGCAUGGACAAAAAGAAUGAGAAGUCCUAUGAAAACAAACUUAGAGAAAGCCAAUCCUCAGACAAGCCAGAGGGAAUGUCUAUUCCAAAUGGUGUGGUAACCAAUAACUCCAGCUAUAUCACCAAUGGCUACGUAGGGAAAGGGGCCGAUAACGAUGGAAGUGGCUCCGAGAGUGGAUAUACUACACCUAAGAAGCGGAAAGGCAGGCGCAACAGUGCCAAGGGUUGUGAGAACUUGAAUCUAGUUCAGGACAAAAUAAUGCAACAGGAGGUCAGUGCACCAACCUUAAAACAGGAACUUGAGAGUUUCAAGCCUGAUUAUAGUGAACAAAAGGGGAACCGAAUUGAAAAUACUAAGCCAGUUUGGAAAUACGAGGCUGGAGCUGGUGGAGCAGGACGGGGAAAGCCUGGGCUUGGGGAUGUACAGCGGAAAAACUCGGAUGCCAAACCUGGGAUUAGCAGCAAGAAGUUCGAUGACCGGCCCAAAGGGAAGCACUCAUCAUCAGCUACAUCUAAAGAGGAUUCAUGGACCUUAUUUAAACCACCCCCAGUUUUUCCAGUGGACAAUAGCAGUGCUAAAAUCGUACCCAAAAUAAGUUAUGCAAGUAAAGUUAAAGAGAACCUCAACAAAGCAGCUCAAACCCCAUCUACAUCAUCUUCAUCAUCUUCAUCAUCUGCUGGGGAAACUCAGGCCCAAACAUCAAGUCGACUGUCCCAGGUCCCCAUGUCUGCUAUGAAAUCUGUUACUUCUGCUAGUUUCUCGAAUGGGCCCAUCCUGGCAGGGACAGAUGGAAGUGUGUAUUCCCCAGGAACCCAGCCACUGCUCUCAUCUGCUGCUAGUACUGUACCAUCCACCACCUCCGAGUCAGGACCCCAGGACAUGAGUACACCCUCAGCAGCUCUCGAACAAAAGAAAUCUAGCCUUUUUAUCUACCCUUCAAAUAUGCAAACUGUGCUUCUGGGUACAACCCAAGUCAGUUUCCCAUCGCAGACCAAUCAGCAGAACCUGGGAGAUAUCUUCCAGAACCAGUGGGGUUUGUCUUUCAUCAAUGAGCCCAGCGCUGGACCCGAAACUGGUGUGGGGAAAUCUGCGGAUAAUCAGUUAAUGGAAGUGACAUUUCAAGGGGAAUAUCCUGCCACUUUGGUUUCACAGUGUGCUGAAAUCAUUCCCUCAGGAACUGAACAACCUGUGUUUCCUAAGGCUUAUGAGCUGGAUAAACGGACUAGCCCUCAAAUUCUUAGUGCUAUUCUUAAGCCUGGGACUGCUGUUGAGGGUGGUGUCUUAGCUUUGGAGUCGCAUCACACAGGUGACCUACAAAAGGCAGACACCGGUAGCCAAGGUGCUUUAGUGUUUCUUUCAAAAGACUAUGAAGUAGAGAAUCCUCUGGCCUCUCCCACGAACAAUUUGCUAGCCUCCGCCAAAGAACAGAGGUACCAGAGAGGCCUAGAAAGGAAAGAUAGCUGGGGUUCUUUUGACCUGAGGGCUGCUAUUAUGUAUCACACUAAAGAAAUGGAAUUGGUUUGGAAUUUGCAGAAGCAAGAUCCCAAAAGGAUAAUCACUUAUGAUGAAGCCAUGGAUCGCCCGGAUCAAUGAAGGUAGCAAGACAAGACUGCCUGUUCUAACCUUUCUGCAGCAUUUGUGCUGUUCGUGGGGGACAAAAGGCUUUUAUGCUCCUUCUAAAUCUUCAGUGCAGCAGAGGAACCGUAACUAGAAUCACAGGAUAAUAUAUACAAAUAUAUAUAUAGUUAUUUAAAAAUGGCAACUGAAAGUAAUUAGACUUCUUAAGGAAUCUGAGAAUCUAUUUCAACGAGACUACACACGUGAUUAUUUAAUCUCCGGUACUGAAUAGAUUCCCCCUUUUCUUUUGGUUUCCUUUUUUGUUUUGUUUUUUUUUGGUUAAAGAGUGAAUGCAAGUGAUUAACAAACAGACUUGAUUUACAAGCCUGGUUCUAAAGUUCCUGCUGUCGUCUGCAAUGGGCCGCAGCAACCCACUGGAGAGGCAUUUCCACUUGACAAGGUUUCUGUUUCUCGUUCUGUGACUGUAGUGACACACUAAUCACAGGGAAAUCAGGAUGAUUCACCAUACUUCAUCUCCCCUUUCCCUUCCACCUCCCUUAGUUGGUUGUGUUUUUUCUGUUUUGUUUCCCAUUGAAUGCUGGAGAAACACCUUGAAGUUUGCAGUUUCUUUUUCGUAUCCAGAGAAUUAUAAUCCGCAUGUUUUGCCAGGAGUAAAGGAGCAAUCCGAUGCUGGGAAUAUUGUCUUAAAGCAUCAUUCUUCUGGGGGUAGUACUGCAGUUCUAGGAUGCAUGGUGAAGUCACACAGUUGACCUGGCUCCGGUUACACGUUGGACUAUUGCAACUGAAGAGUUCUUUUCAUUUUAAAAGACAACGUGCAAAAAUAAGCAAUCUGUUUAGGCAUUUAAUACAGAGAAAAACAAAAAACCCACUGUUCCCACAGGUUAAUGCCAUUGUAUUACUGGGAGCAAAAAAAAAACAACAACAAACCUUCUGCUUUCAACUGUAGGUGCUUCAUAUUUGCUCUGUCUGUCUCCUAACACUAAAUGUGCUGGAUUUCUUUCCCAUUGUCAUUGGAAAACUGAAGAGGAAUUGAGUUCUGCUAACUUCCACCUUUCCUGAAUUCUUUCUUUUCUCUUAAAAAAAAAAGAAAAAUGAAAAAAAAAAGAAAAAAAAAGGAAAAAGAAAAAAAAAGAAUUUUAAUCCUUUUUAAUUUGUCCCUGGAACUCCAAUGGCCACACCUGCCCAUUGGAAAAGCUCUUUUAUAUUUUAAUGCAGUCUGUGUAUUUCCGGGCUCUGCUUAUGAUGAUCUCUUAAUAAAAAUCUAUUUUAUUACAAAAAAGAUGGAGGACUUAGGAAUGAAAAUAAUAAUUAAAACUUUAAAAAUAAUUUUAAGAAAGAGUAACUAAAUCCCAAGGGAAGGGAAGCUUCCUAUUGCAGUGGUAGAGAAAGCAGACUGCAGCUCCAGCUGUGUAACCCGCUCUGUCCCAUUGCAGCUCGUGUCGCGCAUCCAGAUCAGCUUGGGGUUGGUAGUUUCUCUGGGUUUUUGGUUCUUAAAGGUGGGAAGUUCACAGGGUCCAGUGCAAGAGGGAGCUAUAAAUAAAGUCAGACUGGGAUUUUUGACCUUCCCGAGCUCCACAUGUACCCAGUGUGGAGUGUUUGUGGGCGAACAGUGGCUCACAUACAUCUGGGUAUUGAGGUCAGCAGUAAAUCAGUCUGGAAGCAAAUAAGCCCAAAACUUCUGCCUACCCCUUGUGCUUAGUUAUAUCCACUUGUUUUCCUGUUAACUAGGAAUGUGUAUCAUGGUUUUUAAUUGUUUCUUGUUUUAAUGAGAUUGUUCCUGAGUGAGACUCUUAGGUUCACAGUUGGACAAUGGAACUUCCUUCUGUACCUUCUGUAAGAUCGCUAGCUGUCUGCCAUGCUUCAUUUUACAAGUUUGAUUAUGGAUUGCCUACUUCAUUUUUAUGUAUAAAAUACUAUAUAGUAUAAUACUGUAGUGUAAUACUAUAUAGUGGUCAUGUAUUGUACCAGUCCAGGUUCAGAAAUGUGUGGUUGGCCAGUUGCAAAUACUUCUAUUUCACCUACAACCUGUACCACCUCUGCAGGUGUGUGUCACUUUCAGAUGUAUAACAUGUUUACAGAUGUGCCCCACAUCUAGUCCUCAACGUUCCUGUCUCUAAUUCUGUUGAGUCUCCCAACUGCUUGCCAAAAGUUGGAAUCACCUUCGGCUCCGCUCUGGAAGAGCUGGGGUGUUCCUGAGCUUUAAAGUAUCGAACAAACUGGAUGGUGGGAAUGGGAAAAUGAAGGUGGAAGGAAUGUUCUGGGAUGUUUUUGGUUUUAUUUUUAACAGGGUGAAGGCUAAUAGCAAAGUUUCCAGUUUGUUUCACUGGCUUUAAGGCUCUGCUGUGUAUUUAUUUGCCUUGUGUAGUCACUUGUCGCCUUAAGGGCUGGGUUCCAUUAAAAACAAAAAGACAAAAAAGACAAAUCCAAACCCUUCUUUGCUUCCCUGGGCUCUGCGCUGUCCUGGUCCCCCCUGCCCCAGAUUUACUCUCUCAGCUGUUGCGAUGCAGAAGCUGAGCAGCAAUAACCCAUUGCUGAAUCUGACCCUGCGCCUUUAGAAAGAUCCCAGUCUUGCUGAGUAUUUGAGGAUGCUCAUGUAGGCCUAGUCCAGUCAGUGUUCUAAAUGAGUGUUGAGCACGGUUCAAGCCAUGGGUUGGGUUGAUUUCUCCCCUGAUGCUCAUCCCUGCCGUUUCACCUCGCUGCGCGUGGCUCCAUGCCACCGGGACCCAUCCAGAAACGCUCUCAGCAGCUUCUCUGCUGUAUUUCUGACCAUCCUCUCUUCAAAUGUCUGUCUUCAUGAGCUCCGUGGCAUGUGCUCCGUGCUAAGCAGUUAGGGAUUCCUCUCUCUGAGCUCCUGUAACUCCGGCUCACUGGCGAGGGUGGAAUUUUGGGGAUGGAGAAUAGCCUAGAGCCAGGCAGGACCGUGAAGAAACUUCCUUGUGCUUUGGUGUAACUUGCCCUGUCGCUGUCUGCAGUCCUGAAGUCCUCACACAAUUCUUUACUGAGCACUUAUUAAAAAUCUCUUCAGAUUUAAUCUGUUUUCUGAUUAUUUUUGUGUAAACUUAUAAAAAAAAAGGAAAAAAGAAAAAAUAAGAAAUGGAGCUGUGACUAAUUUAGCACAUUGAAAUAAUGCUAAGGUGUUACUGAUAAGUCUCAUGGUUUGAUUUUUGUUUGACUCAGAGUAUUAGUACUGUAGCAUAAACCAAAUACAGCCCGGGAAGGGGUGCUCAGCCUCUCCCAGGGCUGCACCCAAGGGUGUCUGUGGGCAAGGAGCUGGCGCUGCGUGUGCGAGCAUCUUACUCGUGUAGGAGAGUGAGCGUGUAUUUAUUUGUGCCAUUGUUUUCAUUACACUGAGUAAAGGUUUAAAACAAACACCCUUAACAUACGUGUGGUAUCGGAAAGUGGCACUAAGGGUGAGAUCAUGACCUAUUUUUUUAUUAGCUAUGAAGAUACCAAUUCAGGUUAAGGCUUCUCUCCCAUUGCUGUUCCUGUAUUUGAUCCGAUGAGUCCUUUCCCUCUGGUUCCCUUGCCAGGCUGUCUGUUGGAGUAAGGCUUCAUUCACGGGCAGGCCUGGCUCCUUCCUCCUCUGGUCUUUCCCCACUGUUCCUCUGCAACAGGUCCUGUUGGAUCUCUUGUACAGGGUUUUGUGCAGUGUGUACCAGAUCCCAGCAUGGGAUCUGCUUUCUCUCUGGUGGAUUACAGAGUGUUGGGUCCACUCAAAGUGAUGGGUUAGAAGCUGCUCCAUGCUUCCGUCUCUGGUGACGGUGGUUUGGGGACCUUCAGCAUCUCUGCUCCCUCCUACUCCACCUCUCUGGUAGAUUGGCAAUGCAAUGACUUUCAAGGCUUGGUUGGUGUUUGGUUUUGGUUUGUCCUUGGUUGUCCCUGACACCUGGUUUUGUUGUUGGGAAUCUCCUUGGCAAUGUGGGUAGCUCCAGGGCAUGGAUUCUAUCACUAACCUGCUUCAAACCAUCACCCUCUCUCAGCCAUAAAUCAUAGAGCAGUUUGUUUUGGAAGGGACCUUCAAAGGUCAUUUUGUCCAACCCCCCUGCGAUGAGCAGGGACAAAUCCCAGUUUGCCUCUUGUAGCUGCUGUGAACUUGUUUGAAACAUUAAAGAGAACCCCAGUUCUUAGGCUGUGAGUGCACCAUGGGAGUGGGUGAUGGGAUGAACCAGCUUAGCUAAAUCAACAGGAAAAAGGAGAGAUGGAAGUUGUCCUCUCAGUUCUGUGUAAUUGAUGCUUUUCACCUUCAAGAGAGGAUUGCUGUAGCACAAUUGCCUCCUUUCCAGGCAGCGGGUGAUCCUGGGGACAUCCAGGAGCUAUGGCAUUCACAGGUGUGUUUCACAGGUAGUUUUCCUGCGUGUUCAGUUUUGAUCCAGCAUCUUCAAUAAGUUGCUGUGGUGUCCAAAGCUUUCAGGAGUCUCAUCCCUAGAAGACUUUUCUGUACGUACGUCCUUAGUGAUUUCUUACAGAGACUGUUUACAAGGGAGAUGGUCGAGGUCAGGAGGGGAGAGAACAAGGCUACACCUGAUUUAAAGCUGCUACACAUUUCACACCAGUGCAUAAAGCAGGAGGAGGGCUGGGGCUGGAGGAGCCAGAGUCGUUCUGGCUUUGACCACCAUGAGAGCAUUUUGUCCAUGAGAAGCAGGAUCCUGGGCUGGUGUAAAGGGGCAGCUCUAGGUCUGUGCUGCCUUCCAGAGAUCACAGGUGUUUGUACAGGAUGUAUUACACCACAAGGUAAGGCUGCUUCCUUGUAUCCUGCUCCAGAGCCUUGGAAGCAGACGUGUGGGGAGGUAUUGGAGAGCUCUAUGAUGGCCUUGUGCUGAGGACAUCAGACCCUCUUGGCACACUGCUUGCUGUCCCGGGACAGGAGCAGAAGUCAUCCCCAUGCUUUCACCAGGGGAUGCUGAGCUGUGUUCAUCUUGACUGUUAAUCAGAAAGCCUCAUCUAACAUGUCUAGCGCUCUAAAGCCAUGUUGUAAGAUAGCGGUAUCCCUUUUCUACAGCCUUAUUGAUGAGUAGAGUAUCUUUUAAAAGGAGAAGAAAUUAGUUUGUUUCUGUCUGUGGUAUGAAACGUGUGUGCUGCGAACAUAAACCCACAACUUUCUUACAAAACCAACAACAAAUAACCUGUCUGCUUUCCAUACGAUCUUUCCUCAGGUGCUAAAUAAGGUUUCCAAAAAUGGAUACUGCUUUAGGAGUUUCUGCUUUAUUCUUAAAAGACCUAUUUUUUUGCUUAGGUGUUGUAAAGAUAUUUUAACAAGAAUGUUGUUUGGGUUUUUUUAGUGUAAAUAAGAUGAUGUCUUUAAUUUUUGUUUUCUCUCCUUUUUGUGUCUAUCGAAUAGUCUCAUUUUCAUUUUAUCCUUUCGAGAAGGAUCCUCUUAGACCUUCCUUGAAGACAUUUCAUUAAGUGUUGCUGCAUUUAAGAACGACUACAACUGUUCAUUGUCUUGGAUUAAUGCUGCUGCUGCUAUAAGUAACCCUGAAAAUCAAGAAUGUGUGAUGCACUUUUGUUGUUUUUCUUUUACAUGACCAUAUAGUUCCUCUGCGAGUAGCUAAACCCUGGUGUAACACAGCCACUAACUGCGGGUAGCGUAGGGACGGGGUCCAGGAGUGGGGUCUGCCUGACUUUGGUGCUGACCUGUGGGAACUUCUAUGCAAACGCAAGCAAAGGAGAGCUCCUAACCUGAGAGAUCACUGUGCAUUUGCCUUUUGUUGUUGUUGCUUUUUCUCUCCUUCCUUUUUUCAAGCUGCUAUUGAAAGGGUAGUGCGAAUCCCUGAGGUUUCCAGCUUCUCCUUCCUGCCUGCCUGGUGCUGUGGGAAAGAGGCCCAAGUAACUGGUGAGGUAGAAGAAUCUCAAUCCAUGUCUUGUCUCUGGUUUUAGUACUUCUGUUUUCUAAUUGAAUCUCUCCAAGGAAGGAAAUUGCUCAUCUUUGCAAAAAGAUCUUUUUAAGGCUUUAUCUCAAUGUGAAGUUAACCAGCAGUAUUAAAGAUUGUGUGGCCUCUUUCCUGCCUGCACCCCCAGCAGUCCAGUCACAGGCUCCUUCUCUGGGUGCUGCAGAGUGGUUGGUGCCUGAAAUUGGGUUGUUUUCCAAGGAAAAAGGCCAUCUAACCGGCCAAAACCUGAUGGCUGAGGUGGGAGGGAGGUCUUGCCCCAUUGAGGUGCUAACACAGGUCCGGAACCUCUUGUCUUACUGGGUCAGACCUGGAUCACCGCGGGGGGAUGUGACCCUGCAGGAGGUGUUCAUUGGAGGGGAAAAAAAGGAAUGUACUUGACUAUUUAUAGAAGAUCCUUUAGGAAAAAUAGUAUCUCUAAAGUGAGGGAAGAAUGAGGAAGGUCUGAAGUCGUGUAGGAAAAAUGCUUGGGGAUUACAACUGCCUGGAAAAUAGUAUAUCAAUGCAUAGGCUAGAACUCUGCCUCUUUUAGUUUAUUCAGCAUCCAUUAGUUCUUUUGGGGGCAGCGUUUGCUCCCAUGUUUGUGUGUGUGUCCAUCUGACUAAAUGUGCCUUGCACGUGUGCUUAUUUCUGAAGGGAGCUGGUGGCUGUGUGUGAGCUGCUGGGACUGCUGGGCCCUGUCCAUAUCCGAGGGUUCAUUCCUGUCCCAGUGACCCAUUGGAUUGAUGGAUUGGGGUCGAGCCUGCAUUGAGCCCAGCUUAUGGUUUGGGAGUGAUGUCCUGUGGGGUGGCACCUGUGACUUUGGAUGGGGUAGAGAAAGAGAAGCUGCUUUGCUGUUCUCCUGCGGUCAAAGGCAAGCAUUGCAGUGCUUUGCCUGCAAAGCAAGGGGCUUUGCACUGGAGUUAGGGCUCUGCAGCACCAGGGAUCCUGUUACCCGGGGGUUUAUUCCCUUCCAGGUUGUAGCUCUUGCUCUGUGGGGUUUUUCUCUUACAUUUUUUGUUGUAAAGCAGAAUUAAAACACGCCUUGCUUGAAGUUAAUGAAAUAGGAACGCUUCUGUUUGCAGUCAGUGACUCUGAAUAUGAAGCUGUGCGAUUCCUUGUUCCCUCAUCUCUCUCCCAGCUCACCCCAACGUGUGGUUCCUCUCCCAGUCUUUCUGUGCUCCUGCCACUGUAAAUGUGAAGAGCUUGCUUGCAUUAUUUCCUAGAGAUGCAUUUUGCACACCGGGGCUUUGCCGAAGCUCCGCGAUGAGGUUAGUUUGAAGCAGAUGAAUAAAGCUAUGCACAUGUUUUGAGAGUUUAAUUUGUGUCUCAUUACCAGAAGUGACUUAUCUGCCCUCUUUUGCAUUCCUCUGCUGUCAUUGCCUGCGUUCUCUCCACCGCCCUGCAGGGUCUGAUGUAAGGUGGCAGUUCUUUGCUGACGGCUCUAGCAGAGAACUGGCACUUCUUGAUUCUUUUAGUAGCCUCUCCCCUCUCCUUGGCUUCCUCUGUCUCUGUAUAGCUAUAGAAAUAGAUAUAUAUUAUUUUUUUAUUUUAAAGAGCCUGCUUUAGUGGGAGGGAUCAGGGUGUCACUGGCCUGGUUCCAGUACACCCCCAGUGUCGCAUGAACGAGUGCCCCUUUAUUCCUCUGGUUGAGAGUGGUACCCCCCGGGUGUGCAGGUGAUGGGGACGGGGAGCACACAGCCUUGAAGGGAUGGAGAUGGAGCUGCUGGAGGCUUCUUAUGACAGAAUGAACCCUACGGUUGUGUUUUGCACUGGGAGGUGGGGGACAGACCUCACUGUGCUCCCUGCAGCGGAGGGUGAGCUCGUGUUUGGUCUCUGAGCUUCAUUUGGGGGUUGCUUUCACAAGUUGGGUGUGUUGGGUUGCAGGUACCACCUUUGGAAACGUGUUGCUUGGCCAGGAUACUGCUUAUCCCAGAGCCUUUGCGCAGGAGAGUCGGGAUAUUGUGCCAGGAGAAGGACCCUGACGCUCCCUCCUCCUGUUCCCUUUGCCGUGCAGUGAUUUGUACUAACUUGACAGCUUUCUUUCGUACCGAACAGGGCUGCUUUUCUAUCUACCAUCACACACGUGUACUUACACACCUUCAGCCUCGCUCUGGAGGUCCUCAACUUGUUUACUGGGGGGACAGGUGCCCCCUCUGUCCCCCUCCCCUCAGUAUUUCAGUGUUAAGGGCGAUGCGAAACACAAGCGGGUGCUUCGCCUGUCUCCUCCUGCCUCCCCCAUCCACGAGUUCUCAUUUCCUUCCCUUUCCUUGUGUAUUCAAUUCACCACAGAGGGGUUGUGCUGAGUUACCUCUGCCCCUCAGAGAGGCACAGCCCCUCUUGGUUGUGUGCAACCACACGAGUCUGUAGAGGUAGUUUGUGUUUCCUUGCCCCUUCCUUGGUUAUUCCCGAUGAGGUUAAUGCACUCUUGUGUGCCCAGCUGGAAAAGUGUCGGCAUUUUCCCGGUGGUGAGAGGGUGGCUGGAAGAGUUAGUGGAAUUCCUGCUGUAGCUGUGUCUGGCGCAGCCCUUUGCGCCGGAAUGGGUGAUACCACGGACUGUAAGGAUAGGUAAUGUCCAUGAGCUGUAAUGGCAUGAUGUUAUCUUUACCAAUGAUGUCAUACUUCACACUAAAUGUUAAAAAAAAAAGAAAAAAA